AUCUGGCAACACUCUACGCAUAGAAACGCUUCGCUACUGCUACAUUCCUUUACUGUAAAAUUGUUAUUAUUGUUGAGCAUUCUUUUUUUUUUUAGUUAGUAGAAAGUGUUCAGUGAGAUUGUGUCAAUAGUAAUUACGAGAAAAUUGAAAUUGAUUUAAAGAAAAAAUGGCUUUUCGCCAGCCAGAACAACUGGACUCCAGUGUGGAAAUGCGAUCCCGUUCGCCAUCGCCAUCAACGCAAGUGUUUCAUCCACGUAAAUUGCGUUUUGCUGAUGAAGAUUUUGACAAGGACUCUGCAGACAAGGAAGACGAGGGCGAGAGUCCGCAGUUUAAGAAACGGCCAGCGACAGAUGUUCCAGAUAUAUCCAUGUCGCCUCCAUGCCAAAAAGUCCAAGCUCUGCGCCUCUUUAGCACACCAGCCACACCAAAGACCAUAUUGACCCAAUGCAGCAAUCAUUUGUCAGCAGCCGCAGCCGCUGUCAAUGCCUCACGUCGUGAGGAUUUAGUCCGUCUGACAGAACGACCGCGUUGCCUGCCACUGCACAAUCGAAAUAUGCAAGCUCAUCCCCAGGAUACGGCUAAUGUGAAUCCCUUUACACCAGACAGUCUCUUGGCACACAAUAAGAAACGCUGUCGAACCCAAUUCGGACGUGAGAAUCUCAAUGUGAAUGCCAUGCAAAAGUAUUUGCUGAGCGACAACUGUGAUGACGACGGUUCUGCCAGCGCCGAUGGUGGUAACGAUUCCCAGCGUGAAUUCAGCCAACAGGCUCCGAAACGUUUGGCCCUUCAUGACACGAACAUCAGUCGUUUCAAGCGGGAAUUCAUGCAGGUCAGCGUCAUUGGAGUUGGUGAAUUUGGAGAGGUAUUUCAGUGUGUGAAUCGCUUGGAUGGCUGCAUUUAUGCCAUUAAGAGAAGCAAGAAACCCGUUGCUGGUAGCUCUUUCGAAAAACGAGCGCUCAACGAAGUUUGGGCACAUGCUGUUCUGGGCAAGCAUGACAAUGUGGUACGUUAUUAUUCAGCCUGGGCAGAAGAUGACCAUAUGCUGAUACAGAAUGAAUAUUGCGACGGCGGCAGUCUGCAAUCACGCAUCCAGCAGCAUCCGCUGGGUGAAUCCGAGCUAAAAAUUCUACUAAUGCAUGUCAUUGAGGGCCUACGCUAUAUACACUCAAAUGAUUUGGUUCACAUGGAUCUUAAGCCAGAAAAUAUUUUCUCCACCAUGAAUCCAAUGGCCCACAAAAUGGGUGGUGAUACACAGGCACAAAAUCCAAGCAAAGAUGAAGAUGGCGAUGGCAUGGAUAGUGUCUAUGAAGAAUUGCGUAAUUCUGAAAAUUUGGUUACAUACAAAAUCGGUGAUUUGGGUCAUGUGACCUCGGUGAAGGAACCGCAUGUCGAAGAGGGCGAUUGUCGUUAUUUACCCAAAGAAAUAUUGCAUGAGGACUAUGCGAGUCUAUUCAAGGCUGACAUAUUCUCAUUGGGCAUCACCCUCUAUGAGGUGGCCGGAGGCGGACCGUUGCCCAAGAAUGGCCCAGAAUGGCAUAAACUAAGAGAUGGUGAUGUUCCAUCAUUACCAGCCUUAAGCAAAGAUUUCAAUGAAUUAAUUGCCCAAAUGAUGCAUCCAAAUCCUAAUAAAAGACCCACCUCACAAUCUAUAUUCAAUCAUCCAAUUCUCAGCGCUGUUGACUCCAAGAGUAAACUGCAAUUGGGCCUGGAGCUGACUGUAGAGAAGCGUAAAAAUGAAAUCCUAAUGAACAAGCUACGGGAGGCAAAGAAACAAAUUAAACUUUUGGAACAAAAAGUUACUGUUCUGGCUGUGGCAAAUACUCCAGAAAGUCUCGAGGGUCAGCGAUGUUUGCGUUCGUUUACCCGACGAAUGCGUACACCUUUCUCCUCCGAUCGAAACAAAAAUCAAUUAUCACCAUUGUUUGAUAAACUUGUAUCAUAGAAAAGAGGACAAAUAAUGAGAAAAUACAAAAAGUUAAAUCAACCGACAGAUCUUUACUCUGCCAGCCAAAACUCUUCCCAAUUCGACGUGAACUAAAAGCUCACAAAAUUGUGUUAAUUUUUUAAGCAUGUAUAUUUGUAAGUUCAUCUCUUCUCUGCCCACCAAAGAAAGAAAAGAAGAAACACUAAAUAUUACGACCAUCCCACCCAACCACUCAAUCAUUUCAUCAAUGUGAAUUUCCUUUUUAUUUUCUUUUUUUGGCAGAACUCUAUGAAAAUUUCUAUGUUAAGAAAUCGCCUCACUCACACACACACACACACACAAAAGCGUGCCCCAUGGUGGAAUUAAAGACUAAGUAUAGUCCUGUAAAACCUGUAAAUUAGUAUUACACUAAAAAUAUUUAUUAUGUUACAAUGAAAA